AUGAGCACUCCGCCACAUAUUGAAGAACUGUUCAAAGUCGAUCCAUAUUUGAAAGAUUUUCAAGGUGAAAUUUCGAGAAGAUAUGGAGUUUUUCUUGAUUAUCAACAAAGAAUUGUUGAGGUAAAUAUCCAGAAAAAUUUUGGUUCCAAUCUUCUAAAUACUGUGUUUUUCCAGUGUGGAGGAAUCGAUAAGUUCACUUCUUCAUAUCGUGAAUUUGGUCUAAAUGUCCAACCAGAUAAUUCAAUUCGUGGACUUGAAUGGGCUCCGGCUGCUCAAAGACUUGCUCUUGUUGGAGAUUUUAGUUAGUUUAUGACACAAACUUUGUGCUCAUACGUCAUUCUCUAUUUAAAAUCUUUCUUUAGAUAACUGGGAUCAAAACGCAAAUGUUUAUAAACAAGAACAACAUGGUAAAUGGAGCAUAAUUAUUCCGCCAAAUCCAGAUGGAUCUUGCGCAAUUCCACAUUUGUCUGUUAUCAAAAUUGCAGUAACACAUAAUGGACAAGUUCAUUUCAAACUCAGCCCAUGGGCAAAAUAUGUGACUUGUCCUCGUCCAAAAGAAACUGUCAUUUAUCAUCAAAACUUUUAUAAUCCACCACAAAAAUAUGAAUUGCAAUCACCGCGACCAACAAAACCAGAAUCUUUGAGAAUCUAUGAAGCACAUGUUGGAAUAAGUAGUUCAGAAGGAAAAAUCAAUUCGUAUCGUGAAUUUGCUGAUGAUGUUUUGCCUCGAAUUCAUAAGCAAGGAUAUAAUGCAAUUCAAUUGAUGGCUGUUAUGGAACACGUUUAUUAUGCAUCUUUUGGUUAUCAAGUCACAUCAUUUUUCGCUGUUUCAAGUCGUUGCGGUUUACCAGAUGAUUUGAAAUAUCUUGUUGAUAAAGCUCAUUCAUUAGGUAUUUAUAUGUUGUUAGAUGUUGUUCACUCACAUGCCUCCAAAAAUGUUGAUGAUGGAUUAAAUGAAUGGGAUGGAUCGAAAGGUGGAUAUUUUCAUGAAAAUGCAAGAGGUUAUCAUAAUUUGUGGGAUUCGAGAUUAUUCGAUUAUACAAAGUGAGUUAUAAGUUGAGAAAUUAAUAAUUUUAAUAGAGAAAAUGUUUGAAGGAUUGAAACUUUGCGCUUACUUUUAUCGAACUUACGUUGGUGGAUCGAAGAAUACGGUUUUGAUGGUUUCCGAUUCGAUGGUGUUACUUCAAUGAUUUAUCAUUCUCAUGGAAUGAGUAAGUUAAUCGAUAAAUAUAUUAUAAGUCCAAUCAACUUUUGAAUUUUAGAUGAUUCAUUCGCUGGCGGAUAUCCGAUGUAUUUUGGUCUAAAUGCUGACACUGAUUCCAUCGUCUAUCUUAUGCUUGCUAAUGAUUUUCUUCACAAAAAAUAUCCGCAAGUUAUCACAAUUGCUGAAGAAGUAUCUGGAAUGCCUGCAAUGUGUAGACCUGUUGAAGAAGGUGGACAAGGAUUCGAUUAUCGACUUGCGAUGGCUUUGCCAGAUAUGUGGAUUAAGAUAUUGAAACAUACAUCAGAUGAAGAUUUGAAAGUUGGAGAAGUUGUUUUCAAUUUGGAAAAUCGAAGAUAUGCUGAAAAACAUGUUGCAUAUGCUGAAUCUCAUGAUCAAGCUUUGGUUGGAGAUAAAACCAUCGCAUUUUGGUUGAUGGAUAAAGAAAUGUAUGAUUUUAUGUCGGUUGAUUCACCUUUGACACCAAUUAUUGAUCGAGGAUUGUCUUUGCAUAAAUUGAUUCGUUUGUUAACAAUGUCACUUGGUGGAGAAGCUUGGUUGAAUUUUAUUGGAAAUGAAUUCGGACAUCCGGAAUGGUUGGAUUUUCCAAGAAUUGGAAAUAAUGAGUCAUUCCAUUAUGCGAGGAGACAAUUCAAUUUGGUUGAUGCUGAAUAUUUGAGAUAUAAAUUCUUGAAUAAUUGGGAUAGAGAAAUGAAUUUGUUGGAGGAAAGAACCGGAUUUCUUCACAAAGGAUAUGUGAGUUAUUGAAAAUCUAGUUAUUUUUGGACAUUUUUUUGAUUAUUCAGAAAAAAAAACUGUUUUAAAAAUUUCUGGAAAAAACUUUAGUGCUCAGAAAAACCAUGAAGUUCACUAAGUUUGGAACAUUUUGAAAAAAGCUCAAUCUUACAGAAAAAGUUUCUUUGAAAAUACAAAUUAGAGCUAUUUGAAUUUUUUUUCGUAAUUCUGAAGAAAGAAAAUUUUUUGUGCAAUUUUCAAAAUGAAAGAAGAUUCUAUUUAUUUCUUUCUCUUUUUCAGGCUUAUACAUCCUGGAAACAUGAUUCUGACAAAGUUGUUGUAUUCGAAAGAGCUGGUCUCGUUUUCAUUUUCAAUUUCCAUCCAACUCAAAGUUUUGCCGAUUAUUCAAUUGGAAUUGAUCAACCUGGAAAGUAUGUAGUUUCAACAUUUUUAUUCAUUAUUUUCAAAUAAUUCCUUUUUUUCUAGAUAUGGCCUUGCUCUCAAUUCAGAUGAUGCUCAAUUUGGUGGACAUUCUCGUAUCGAUCCAUCAUCACAAUAUCAUACUUUCGAAGAUGGAUAUGCUGGUCGCCGUCAUCGUGCUCAAGUUUAUAUUCCUUGCAGAACUGCAAUUGUUCUCGAAAAGCUAUAA